AUGUGGCUUCGUUUCGCAGUGUGGAAGCGGCUGCCCAGCCUGUGCGGUUCUGUCAUGUCUCAACCACCCUGCCAGGUUCGGGCUUUCUCCAGCCGCAAGGACAAGCCUCCCAAGGACACGCUCCGUCACAUAAAGAGACGCGAGAAGCGCCAGGGAGUCGGCCAGAGCAAUGGGCCCGCCACAGUCUAUGUGCAAGUAGCCGGGGCCGGCAGCCGGGACUCAGGCGCCUCGGUCUAUGUCUUUUCCGAGUUCAACAGGUACCUAUUUAACUGUGGCGAGGGAACACAGAGAUUGAUGCAGGAACACAAAUUGAAGAUAGCACGGCUGGACAACAUUUUUUUGACCCGAAUGGACUGGGCCAAUGUGGGGGGCUUAUCAGGUUUAAUUCUGACAUUAAGAGAUACCGGACUCCCCAAAUGUGUUCUUUCUGGACCACCUCAGUUGCAAAAAUAUCUUGAAGCCAUCAGAGUAUUUUCUGGACCGUUACAGGGCAUUGAACUUGCGGUGCGCCCUUACACUGAAGCCGAGUACAGUGAUGAUACUAUGACUGUCUAUCAGGUGCCUAUAUUUAGUAGUGCCACACCAAACUAUACUACAGUCAGCUGCCAAAGUCCCCCAAGUUCUCCUGGAAGAGUAAGUUCAAAUAUCUCACAGCGAGAUGAAGAAGGGCAUCCCAGGCAAGAAGAAGGAAACAGUUCACCAAAAAGAGAAAACAAUGGAAGACUUUCAAAAAGGGAUCCUUCACUGGUUGUUUCAUUUAUAUGCAAGCUUCAUGAUAAAAAAGGAAAUUUCAUUGUUCUGAAAGCUAAGGAACUAGGGCUCCCAGUGGGGACUGCAGCCAUUGGUCCUAUUAUAACUGAGCUCAAGGCAGGAAAAAGCAUCACAUAUGAAGGGAGAGAGAUCUUCCCUGCAGAUGUCUGCACUCCUGCUGACCCAGGCCCAAUUUUCAUUGUUGUGGAAUGUCCAUCAGAGAAAUUUGUAAUGCCAAUUGUUGAAAAUGAAACUUUUAAAAGGUACCAAGAAAAACAAUCUGAGUGUCCAGUGGCUCUGGUAAUUCACAUGACUCCAGAAUCUGUUCUACACAGCAGCAGCUACCAGCACUGGAUGGAAAAGUUUGGCCCUCAGACAGAACAUCUGAUCCUUAAUGAAAAUUCCUCCACACUCCAUAACCUUCGGAGUUACAAGAUUCAGACACAACUAAAUCUUGUUCAUCCAGGGAUCUUCCCACAGUUGGCAACGAUCCAGCAAAAGGAGGAGAGACCAGAGUUCUUUGGUGUUAGAGGACAGUGCCUACUCAAGUACCAGCUGAGGCCAAAAUUGGAGUGGCAGAGAGAUGCAGUUACAGAUAACAAUACUUCGGAGUUUGUGAAGGAAGCAAUGGAGCUGCCAGGCUUUGCAGAGGCCCUAGAGAACUGCAAACAAACCUUGAAAUCAGAUGGGCCAUUUUCAGACGAGAGCAAAGGGCAAUAUCCUGAAGUUAUCUUUUUGGGCACUGGAUCUGCAGUCCCUAUGAAAACCCGCAAUGUCAGUUCAACCCUCGUGAAUGUCAGUCCCUCCCACUCUUUGUUGCUUGACUGUGGAGAGGGAACCUUUGGGCAGCUUCACCGGCACUAUGGAGAUAAAGUGGAUGAAGUACUCCGCAAGCUGUCGGCCAUCUUUGUUUCCCAUUUACAUGCUGACCACCAUACUGGCCUGCUCAAUAUCUUGUUAGAGAGAGAGAGGGCUUUGGAGACCUGUGGGAAGCCACUUACCCCCGUGUCUGUUGUAGGACCUGCUCUGCUGAUGACCUGGUUGAAUCAAUAUCACAAUCAUUGCCAGGAGAUCCUCCAUCAUAUCAACUUGAUCCCUGCAAAACACCUGACUGAUAACAUCGAGGCCCCCAGUCUCAAGACAAAGAACUUACUGGCCUCUUUUCUGGAAGCCUACCAGCUGGAACAGUUUCAGACGUGUCUUGUACGUCACUGCAGAAAUGCCUAUGCCUGCUCAAUCGUUCAUCAGUCUGGAUGGAAGCUGGUCUACUCUGGAGACACUAUGCCUUGUGAUGCUCUUGUGCAAAUGGGAAAAGAUGCUUCUCUGCUGAUACACGAGGCUACACUAGAGGAUGGGUUGGAGGAAGAAGCAAUUGAAAAAACUCACAGCACAACAUCUCAAGCUAUUGGUGUGGGAAUGAAGAUGAAUGCAGAUUUCAUUAUGCUGAAUCAUUUCAGCCAAAGAUAUGCUAAAUUGCCCUUGUUUAGCAGCGACUUCAGUGAGAAAGUUGGCAUCUCCUUUGAUCACAUGAGAAUUAACUUGGGCAAUGUAAGGACAGUGCCGAAACUGGUGAACCCCCUCAAAGUUUUAUUUGCAGAAGAUCUGGAAGAACUAGAAGAAAGGAGAGAAAGGCGAGAACUCAAGCAGAAUAGAGAAAUGGAGGAUCAGCCAAAUGGUUCUCAGCCUGUGGCUAACCAUAAGAGAGACCUGGAGGAAGCCUUACAGUCGACAGGAAACAAGAGGUUAAAAUCCAACUGACUCUUGAUUGGUUCCUGAAAGAGGCACAGACUGCAAUGCCUUACUGUUCAUUUAGUGGGCUAGAGCCAGUGUCUAAAUGCACUGCUUGUCUAACAGAGUGCCAAGUCUUCAUCUCAUGUCAGGGGGAAUUUAAACAAGCUGCUUUGGGAACACACUUGGCAAGGAGGAUAUGCAGGUCCGUUUCACUCCCCCAAUUCCCUCUUAGUGAAACACUUUUUUUUUUUUUCCUUUUCUUGCUGAGGUUUGGCUUUGCUGAAAUAUAUAUUAAUUUCAAUUGAAAAUGAUCUAUUUAAAAAUUUACAAAUGUGAAAAGAGUGUCUUGAGGUAUGAGAUAUAUCUUGCUUAUUUUUGUUUUGCACCGUGCUGGUGACAUGACGCCCCCGUCACAUGGUCUGCAUUUAACAGCCAGUGGCAAAGCUCUAGAGCACACUGGAGCCUGAACACAGAAAAGACUACUUGGUCUUUACAUGCCUUAAAAGUUUUUUUUUUUUUUAACGAAUAGUCUGAACUUACGUAAGUUAUAGUUCAUUUAGCAUCAGACUGGGGUGAUGAAACCACAGUACUGGAUUAUUUUAAAGGGAAUGUCAACCCAAAAAAAUUAU